GAACACGGGCGUGGCCAAGGUGCCGGCUGCGCGGGGGAGCCGAGGGAGGCAGAGGUAGAAGCGGUCCUGGAGCGGCAGGAUGCGGGCGGCACGGGGUCUUUGGGCGGCGGUGGCUGUACUUCUGCUCCCGGCCCACUGCCAGGGGCUGCGCGAGGGCGACUGCGAGGUGUGUAUAACAUUCUUGGGAAGAUUCUAUAAGAGCUUACAGGACAAUAAUGUUGAGUUUACAUCAAAUAGUAUUGAAAAGGCACUUCUAAAAUCUUGCAAAGAAACAAAAGGCAAAGAAAACCGUCUGUGCUAUUACAUUGGAGCAACAAGUGAUGCAGCCACUAAAAUGGUUAAUGAGGUUUCAAAACCCCUGAGUAAUCACAUCCCUGUUGAGAAGAUUUGUGAGAAGUUGAAGAAGAAAGAUAGUCAGAUCUGCGAGCUUAAAUAUGAUAAACAAAUUGAUCUGAGCACUGUGGACCUGAAGAAGCUGCGAGUUAAAGAACUGAAGAAGAUCUUGGAUGACUGGGGUGAAACAUGCAAAGGCUGUGCAGAAAAAUCAGACUACAUUCGGAAAAUCAAUGAACUGAUGCCUAAAUAUGCACCUAAAGCAGCCAGUUCCCGGACAGAUCUCUGACCAUCAAAGUGACCUCUAGCACAUUAUUAGCAAGUCACACACAAACUAUGUUAAACUUUCUUUUUGUUUGCUGGACAGCUGUUUUUGUAACUUAUUUAACUGGGUUUCAACUGUCAAAUCGGAGCAUUUUUUUCAGUGUUGGUUCAACUGCCUUGUCUCAAGUUAUUAUUUCUCUUUGAUUUAUGUUAAAAAUUGACGUAUGGGAUUUUUAAAAUAAACUUUAUGAAAUUCA